AUGGGGGGCAACGACACGGAGGUGCACCACCGGCCCAAGCGUGGCUGGAUCUGGAACCAAUUCUUCGUGCUGGAGGAGCACUUCGGGCCUGACCCACAGUACGUGGGCAAGCUCCACUCGAACUCAGACAAAGGGGACGGCUCGGUGCGCUACAUCCUGAGCGGGGAGGGGGCGGGCAGCAUCUUCAUCAUCGAUGAGUCCACGGGUGACAUCCAUGCAACCAAGAGCUUGGACCGCGAGCGCAAGGCCCACUACGUGCUCCACGCCCAGGCCAUCGACCGGUACUCCAACAAGCCCCUGGAGCCCGAGUCCGAGUUCAUCAUCAAGGUGCAGGACAUCAACGACAACGCACCUAAGUUCCCCGACGGGCCCUUCGCCACGUCCGUGGCUGAGAUGUCUGAAGUCGGCACAUCGGUGUUCCAGGUGACGGCGACAGACGCGGAUGAUCCCACGUAUGGCAACAGCGCUCGCGUGGUCUACAGCAUCCUGCAGGGCCAACCCUACUUCUCAGUGGACCCCAUGACAGGUAUCAUCCGGACGGCACUGGCGAACAUGGACCGCGAGGCGAGAGAGCACUACGCGGUGGUGAUCCAGGCCAAGGACAUGGCAGGCCAGGUGGGGGGUCUCUCGGGGUCCACCACCAUCAACAUCACCCUCAAUGACGUCAACGAUAACCCGCCCAAGUUCCCUCAGAAGAACUACCAGCUGUAUGUGGCCGAGUCGACCGAGGUGGGGAAGCCCGUGGGGAAGAUUGCUGCCCAUGACGCAGACCUGGGAGCCAACGCCGAGAUCAAGUACAGCAUCCUCAACACCGAGGUUGCAACCGUAUUCUCCAUCGGCACGAGCAGGGACGGACGAGAGGGGGUCAUCAGCCUCAGGAAGCCAUUGAACUAUGAGAAGAAGAAGACAUACACUUUGCACAUCGAGGGAGUGAACACACACCUGGACCCGCGCUACUCGUACCUGGGGCCCUUCAAGGACACGGCCACCCUCAACACCGUCGGCGACGUGGACGAGCCGCCCGUCUUCUCCAUGGACUACUUCAUCAUGGAGUCUACGAGAACGCACCAAUCGGCCACGGAGGUGGGCGUGGUCACAGCCAGAGACCCCGACAGCAAGAACAGCCGUGUCAGGUACUUUAUGGAACCCAGUCUGAAUGAGGAUGCCAGCUUCAUCAUAGAGCCAGACAGCGGCCUCCUCCGCACCACUUUCAUCCUGGACCGAGAGGACACACCCCUGCACAACAUCACCGUGUCCGCAGCAGAGAUCGAUAACCCCUCUAUGGUGAGUCACGUGCCUGUCACUGUCCAAGUACUGGACAUGAACGACAACCCCCCUGAGAUUAAGACUGAUGAGGACAUCAUUGUGUGUGAAAACACCCGGCAGGGACAGGUGAUCCAGACGGUGACGGCGGUGGAUAAGGAUGACUUUGCUAACGGGCAACGCUUUUCCUUCGCCUUCCCCAUCGGGAAUCCCAACUUCACCCUCAAGGACAAUGAGGACAGCACUGCCAGUAUCAUCGCCCGGCGGCGGCGUUUCAACCGCCUGUCUCAGGAGCUCUACACGCUGCCCAUCGUGGUGUGGGACGGGGGCGAGCCGUCACUGAGUGGCACCAGCACGCUGACGCUGCGCGUGUGCCCGUGCCAGCGUGGCUCGCGCGCCAAGGUGUGCCAGAGCGAGGCCUUCCUUUCGUCGGCGGGCCUCAGCACGGGCGCGCUCAUCGCCAUCCUGCUGUGCGUGCUUAUCCUGCUAGCGAUCGUGAUCCUCUUCAUCACGCUGCGGCGGAGCAAGAAGGAGCCACUCAUCAUCUCCGAGGAGGACGUGCGCGAGAACGUUGUCACCUACGACGAUGAGGGCGGAGGCGAGGAGGACACAGAGGCCUUCGACAUCAGCGCCCUCCGCAACCCUGCCGGCGCCGAGGAGCUCAAGUUCCGCCGCGACGUCCGCCCCGAUGGCUACCGCCCCCACCACAGCGGCGGCCCCGGCCCCGGCCCCGGCCCCUCCAGCUCCCAGCCCCACCGACGCCUCCAGGGCCGCGUCAGCCCCGCUUCUCUGGACACGGAGGCAGAGCUGGACAUCCGCGACUUCAUCCGUCAGCGGAUGACCGAGGCCGACCAGGACACUACCGGCCCGCCCUACGACUCGCUGCAGACCUACGCUUUCGAGGGCCAGGGCUCGCCCACCGGCUCCAUCAGCCCGCUGGGCUCGGCCGGCACUCUGUCCGAGCUGGACUACACCUUCCUGGAUGACUGGGGACCCCAGUUCCAAAAACUGGCCGAACUCUAUGGCGAGGAAGCCGAGAGGGAGUCGACGGCAGACGCGACGGAGAAGCCCUAACGCCCGGCUUGGCUCAGUUUGGCCCGCCAUUUGGGAUAAAAGCAAAUGCGUGAACAAACAAACAAAAAUUCAAACUUAAUACACAAAUACGCUCCUCUUAUCUCUGUCUCUCUCUCCUACUGACUUUUGUGGAGGAAGCUGCUACUGCCCCUGGUGCAGGGGCAGGGGGGAACGACUGCCUCUUCUUCUCUGUUCUUUCUCUCUGUCUUUUUGGAACUUUCGGAGUCUGACUCCAAACAAGGGAGAGGACUGUCUCUGGUUUUGACAAAAAAAAAGCAAAAAUCACAACUAAAAAAAAAAAGGAAAAAAUAUUUUCCCUGGUGUAUAUUUUUUAUUGCUCAAUAAAGUCCUGAGUUCUGGACAAGUGGAUAUAUGUGAAACAACGUAAA